AUGAAGAGGGCAAAGCUUGAUAAAACACAUAAUACAAAAAAGGCAAAGCUUAAUAAAACAGAUACACAUUCUGCAACUGAUGUAGAACUUGAAGAAGAAGCUGAUGACAUUGAUGUUGUGGAGGUAGAUGUUAAAGUAGAGGGUGAAGAAGAUCAUGUAAAAAUGGAAAGGGAAAGGUGGUCUAAGGUAUGGAAGUAUUAUACUAGACUUCCAAUUGGUGCAGAUGGUAGGGAAAGGGCUGAAUGUGAUAAGUGCAAAAAAAGAUACAUUUGUGAAACAAAAAAUGGAACAGGUAGCUUGAGAAAUCACAUUGCAAAGUGUCCAAGAAGGGACAAAAGUGACAUAGCACAAUUCAGUUUUGCAAAAUCAGGUGAUGAAGAGUUAUGUUUACAAGAUCUUACCGAAGAUGUUAUGAAGUUUGAUAACAAUGCUAAUGGUACACAUGAAGAAAUGGAGUCACAAGCUUGA